AUGUCUGCUCCGUCUGAAACAACCCCACAGGACUACAAUGCCCUGUCUUUAUCAGUGGAAGAAAGCGGGCAUCCAAUUGUUAAGCCUAUUAUUUUUGAGUUCGAUGCUCUUCAACUUCAAAUUUUCCACAAAGACAAAUUUGAUGAACAUGUCCUUCAUCAUGGGAAGUCCUCAGAGCUCCUGCGUGGUCAGAUGAAGGACGGCACUGAAGUGGUGAUUAAGAAAAGGCCAGUGUCAGAAAUCAGCUCCUCAAGAUCAGAGGCGAAAAUCCUGCGAGAGAUAAAACAUUGCGGCAUUGUGGGGUACAUCUGCUUCCAUGAGGAUGAUGAAUUCACCUACUUGGUUCUUGAUCUAGUUGAAUCAACCCUGGAAGAACAUAUUGAACAGAUUAACUCACUAUUGACAGACGAGGAUGAGAAGAAAGCUAAACUGAAAGAACUUACAGUUAAAGUUCUGCAGGCUCUAAAUUUCCUCCACCAGGAGCAGUACAUACAUGGUGACGUCAAACUCAGGAACGUUCGAGUGGAUAAAGUGAAGCCCAAACUGAUCGACUUCACCUUAAGCGAGAAAAUGACAGAUCGCAAUGUUCAGAAGAUGAAAGAUGAAAUACAUAAAGCUGGAGUACUUGCCUAUUACAUCCUGUCUGGUGGAAAGAAUUACAGUGGACUAAACACUGAAUUCGCUGUCAGCGACCUUGAGUGGGAUUUUAUAGAAGGGAUGACUGAAAAAAAGCAGAGUUUAAAGAAAGCGCUCGACCACCCUGUGUUCUGGAAAGAUUACAGGAAGCUAAAGUACCUGGAAGGUUUGAGUAAUUUAAAGCUCUAAGUCACCAAGAAGCUCAGAGAGAAGACUUCCUUUAACAUAUAUGAAAACUGGAGAAGUAAGAUUUCCCAGAAAUUACCAGAUUUUAAUUUACUAAUGAAGAUGGAGCAAGAGAGAACAAACAGAGAAACAAGAGGAGCAGCUGAAGGUGAAGUGAGACCCUAUCCAGAGGAUCUUCUUGGUCUUCUGCGCUUCAUUCGCAACUUCUUACA